GUUUUUAAAAAGAUUCCAUGCUUUUUUUUUUUUUUUUAAAUGGAAUAAUCAGACGCCUCAACUGUCCAUAGCCAACACUGCCCAUUCAGAAUAGCUGCUGCGCUGGUGUGAACCUGCAGAGGACCUGCAGGAAACAGAGUCAGCAGAGCGCCGGGACAGGGUGCUGCUGCACGGAAGCGGGGUUGAAAAGUCCCGUCAGGCUGGCGGAGGUUCGGUGAAUUUCACUUAGUGGGUGGAUGUGUAAGUAGAAGGCCAUGUGGCGACCAACACACGUCGGCACAGUGCUGGUGAAGUUACCGACCCCUAAAGCGCGCAGUGUCCGCUAAGUCCGAGGACCGAUCACCGGCUGUGGGGCUUCAUCAACGGCAAUCUUCCUCGGACCAGAUGGUGCCCUCAACAUGACUCGGACGCUCUUCAUCCUCGCUUACUUCGUUAUGAUUUUGAUUCACUGUAGCACAAGUGCUGACUCAGAGGAACGUUUGAUGAACUGGCUGCUAGGAAAGGAGCGCUACAAUCCACUCAUUCGGCCAGCCGUCAACAGGACAGAGAGAGUCACAGUAAAGCUGCAAGUGUCCCUUGCACAGCUGAUCAGUGUGAAUGAAAGAGAACAGAUAAUGACCACAAAUGUUUGGCUCACUCAGCACUGGGUGGAUUACAGGUUGUCAUGGGACCCUGCAGAGUAUGAAGGUAUCGACAAGCUUCGCAUUCCCUCCAGACACGUUUGGCUUCCUGAUAUCGUCCUGUACAACAACGCUGAUGGAACCUACGAGGUCACUGUAUUUACCAACGUCAUUGUCCUUUUCAAUGGCAGCAUCAACUGGCUUCCUCCAGCCAUCUAUAAAAGCGCCUGUAAGAUUGAAGUCAAGCAUUUCCCCUUUGACCAGCAGAACUGCACCCUCAAGUUUCGUUCGUGGACCUACGACCACACAGAAAUUGACCUGAUCUUGAAGUCUGAGGUUGCCAGUAUGGAUGACUUUACACCCAGUGGAGAAUGGGACAUCUUGGCAUUGCCAGGCAGACGAACUGUCAGCCCCCUGGAUCCUACUUAUGUGGACCUCACAUAUGACUUUAUCAUCAAGAGGAAGCCUCUAUUCUACACCAUAAACCUCAUCAUCCCAUGCAUUCUGAUCACCUCACUGGCCAUUCUGGUUUUUUACUUGCCUUCGGACUGUGGAGAGAAGAUGACUCUUUGCAUUUCUGUCCUCUUGGCUCUCACCGUGUUCCUGCUUUUAAUCUCCAAGAUUGUUCCCCCCACAUCACUGGAUGUGCCUCUCAUUGGCAAAUACCUGAUGUUCACCAUGGUGCUUGUGACCUUCUCUAUUAUCACAAGUGUGUGCGUGCUUAAUGUGCAUCACCGCUCUCCAAGCACCCAUACAAUGCCUGCCUGGGUCAAGCUGAUAUUCCUCGUGAAACUACCUGCUUUCCUCUUCAUGAAACGGCCUCACAACUACUCUGCCCGUCAGAGACUGCGCCAGCAGCGCUGCCUAAGGGCCAGGAGAGCUAUCAUGGGUCUGAGUUACCCAGUUCCCCCCAAAACAGGUUUCUCCUUGUCCACUUCUGCCCUGCUGUCCUCUGACUCUGCCUUCUCUACUCCAGGGCACAAAAAUGUUGCUCCUCCGAUGGUUCACAGCUACACCAAGAGGAUGGAGCCCAUGCGGUCUGGUGAUUACCUUUUCAGUGGCUUCAGUUCCACCCAGGACCUCCAACAAAGAAACAGUUCUGACUUGGCUGCUGAUGUACAGGAGACAGUGAAUGGGGUGCGCUUUGUGGCUGAGCACAUGAUGAGUGACGAUGAUGAUCAAAGUGUACGUAUACACAUUAAUACCAAGUGCUGUGCAAACAGGUUAAUUUAUCAACUCCUCAUACUGCUAUGUUGAACAUUCGUAAAAACAAAUGCCCCAUUUCAGUUUUGUUCUCCUGAAUUUGUUUUGAAACCAGAUUUAUUGUUAAGAAUAAGAAGAAAAUGAACUAUAAAUAAAAAACCAUAACUGACAAUUGCGCUUUACCUCUUUGAAUGACCAAACAAGACAGUGGCUGUAAAUGUUAGGGUACAUCAUGGUUGGCGUAAAACAAGAGUUUGACUUCGGUUUCACACUCUCACAGUGUACAGAUAUAAAGCAUAAAUGUAUAAACGUUAGAGGAAAUAAAUGAUACAAAACCAAUAUGUACAUCUAUGUUUAUGUAUACCCAAUAUUUGUUUUAGUUAAAAACAAAUUGUUGGUCAAAAUGUCCAGCCAACGAAACAAAAACAGACCGACAGUGCUCUCCCCAUUGAAAGAAACCUUGUACAUUUCAUAAAAUAAUUUGACAUCAGAUCUGACAAGGCAUUUGAAAAUGUUUCAUUUCCAGACUGACUGCCAUCCUAUGACAUUUUUAACCAAGUUUGUUGUGUGAUAACUCCAACUGUACACUUUGAAAUCAAUAAGAUGUAGGAAAGACUACAUAAAUACCAAUUACAGACUUAUGAUUUAGACCCAGAAAAUAUGCUCAAACAGUAUUUUAUCUUUUUUUCUGUGGCACUAGUGGCCUUUAUUUUUGAAGUUGACUGAUAGGAAAUGGGGUGGAGAGAGAGAGAAAGACAUGCAGCAGAGGUUGACGGGGCCAGGACUCGAACCUCCGGCAGCAGCUUCGGGGACUGUAGCCUCUGUAUAUGGGUCGCAUGCUUUACUAUCUGUUUUUACUGCCACAAAACUAUCUGUAUUUCAUUUGGAACUUUACGCGAUAGACAAAUACAAAGUUGUACAUUAUUAUGAAUUGGAUGGAAAGGAUUCAUGGUUUUCAAUACAUGGUUUUACAAAUAACAAUGUGGAAAGUGUGGCUUGCACAUGUAUUCCACCAUAUUUAUUUGUAUUCGCAUAAAUGCAAUCCAGUGCAACAUUAUUGCCUUUAGAAAAGAAUAUAUUUAGUGUGUUGUUCAAUUUAUUGUUAUUCUUGCUUCCUAUUUAAUUAUUUCUUUAUAGUUUAUGUUGCACCUGAUACUGAACACACCAUCCCUAUGGUGAAAUGUGGUGGCAGCAUUAUGCUGAGAAAGGGAAGCAGGUCAGAGAUGAUGUGGCAAAACACCUGAGACUGGGUCAGAGCUUUACCUUCCACCUCUAAACCUAUAAUCAGAGCUACAACAGAUUAGACCAAAGCAUAUCCAUGUGUUAUAAUGGUCCAGUCAAAGUCUAGACCUAACUUCACAGAUGCUCACCGCCCAAUCUCACUGAUGCAGCUGUAUAGCAGUCAAAGGUAUUAUCAAAUAUUCGCUCGCAGUGCUAAGAAUUAAUGCAUGCCACACUUUUCAGAUUUAAAUUUAUUACAAACAAAUGUUGGAAACCAUUUAUUCUUGUCCUUUUACUUUACAAUAAUGCACCACUGUGUGUUGGUCUCAUCACAUAAAAUCCCAAUAAAAUUGUUAGUUUGUAAUGUGUCACGAUGUGAAGAGAUUAAGUAGGUUGGAAAAACGUUAGCACGACAUUGUUGUUGAUACUUCUAUAAAUGUCUAUAAUUAAAUAAUUGUAUUCAUUCAUAUAUUCGCUUACGUAGUCUUGCUCUAAGCCAUAACUACUUUGAAAUCAUCACAUUAUAAUCUUCAUUAAAGCAUUUUUUAUUGUCACCUUUAAGAAAGGCUUUGUUGUGAAAGACACACUAAAGAAGACAGAUUCACAAAAGAUUUUCUGAAACUUUCUGUCCCUUUGCAGGUGAUAGAGGACUGGAAGUACGUGGCCAUGGUGGUGGACCGCAUGUUCCUGUGGAUCUUUGUGAUAGUGUGCGUGGUGGGCACCCUGGGCUUGUUUCUGCAGCCUCUCUUCCAGAAUCAGAUCAUUCCCGACCAGCAGCCCGUUUCAGAGACCCCUCGCAUAAGAUGAGCAUCGAGGGACGAGGUGCAAUGCUUGGACCUUUAUUUAAAGGUCUUAGCCGCUGUAGUUGUGGGAAGAUCCAGUGAUGUAAAAAUGUCCCAGAUGUUGACUGCAGAGGGACCAGAGGCAUGUUCUUGAUCUCUCAUUCAAAUCAUUCAAACAUCAGCUCUUCCUGUUUAAAAUGAAACAGUGAGGCUUAAUCCAUUAAAGCCAUGUUUUAAAGAAAAGCAAAGAACAGAUUGAAAAAUCAAUGCAGUACACAUUCCCCCUUUAUCGAGUGUUGCUAUAUUUACAAAGAGCAAAUAUAUGACUGGAAUGAAUGGCCAUUUACUGCACUGAAUUAUACUGAACUCUUGCUGAAAAAAUUCCUAUAUGACAAUAAUAUGUUUGUUGUGAGAUGUUGCCUAACUCCUUAUUUGUGUUACUGUGUCAUUAAAAAAUACUAAAGACAA